AUCCGGAAUGCCUUUCUGUAGAGACCUUUUAUCGAGGAUCAGUCAAAGGAAACCGCUUGGCAGCGACAGGGAGCUCUUUGAGACGCCUUUGGAACGGUCUCUGAACACCUUUCAGCUCUGCAUCAUGGGCAUGGGUGCUAUGUUUGGUUCCGGUCUCUACGUUCUCACCGGCGUUGAGGUGAAAGAGGUCACAGGACCCGCCAUCAUAAUAUCCUACGCAAUUGCUUCGGUUGCUGCCAUGCUCUCCGCGUUCUGCUACGUGGAGUUUGCUUGCAGAAUCCCUAGGACAGGGUCGGCGUACACUUUCGCUUACCUCUCCCUUGGAGAACUGUGGGCUUUUGUUAUAGGGUGGGACUUGAUUCUUGAGUAUGUUAUCACCGCUGCGGCGUUGGCCUCAUCCAUCACAGGAUACGUGGACAGCUUGACCGGGUAUGUCUUCAGAAACUUCACCGUAAACGUCUUGAUGGAGGGUCAAACGUGGGAAGUUCCCUAUCUUGCACCUUAUCCUAAUAUAUUCGCUUGCGUUGCGGUUGUUCUAGUGGCUAUCAUAAUUAUAACUGGAGCGAAGACAUCUUCAUGGGUCACAGCAGUUUGCAUGGCUAUCAACAUUGGAGUCAUUGCCGUGAUAGUUGUAAUGGGUUUCACUCAAGCCGAUAUCAGCAACUGGGAGGACUAUGGUGGUUUUGUUCCAAAUGGAUCUUCCAGCAUUAUAGCAGGCGCAGCCACGCUCUUUUUUUCCUUUGUCGGGUUUGAUGCCAUAGCAAUGGCCAACGAAGAGGCGUUGAAUCCAAGGAAAAGUAUUCCAAUGGCUACACUCUUAGCUAUCGUGGUCACUGGCAUCUGCUACAUUCUUGCAUCAGCUGUCCUAACCCUCUUAGUGCCCUUUACAGAACUGGACGAACAGUCGGCAUUCGCCAGCGCCUUUCAGGCCCGUGGGAUAGAGUGGGCGAGGUGGCUUGUAGGUGUAGGUGCAAUUUGCGCCAUGUUUUCAGCCCUAUCCAUGAAUCUUUACUGCAUUCCCAGAACUUUAUACGCCAUUUCUUCGGACGGGCUGCUCUUCAGUUGUUUAAGCAUUGUCAACAGUCACACACAUGUCCCCGUGUAUGCCACUCUUCUUGCAAUGUUUCUUGCCAGUAUUCCUGCAACUUUCGUUCCUCUCGUAGAACUAGUGGAGUUUAUUUCAAUUGGAGUGUUAGUAGGUUAUGCCUUUGUAGCAGGUGCACUCAUCUUUCUCCGAUACGGACCAGAAGACCUGAGAGCAGGUGCCAUGGAUGGGGUGGAAAUGCCAUCCCUAGGACAAUUAGCUCUAACCAAUAACAACAGCGGACCAGUGAAUGAUAGCACCGCUCUCUUGGACACCACAUCCACACCCACUCCUGGAACUCUGAAGCAUCAGUUUCGUUCAACCCCUCUACUACGCGAGCUCCUACGAUUCGAGCCAGGGGUAGCUGUUAAGAUCAGUCUACUCUCCUCGAUUCUAUUUCUGUUUGGUAGCAUUGCCGUGAUAGAACAUGCUUCCCUGGAGAUUGCAAAAGGUGAAUGGUGGGCGGUUCUUUUACUCCUCCUUUUUGGUGUCUGUGCACUCGGGACUUUUCUCAUCAUCACGCUUCACUAUCAGAACGAAGAUACAAAACAGUACUACAGGGUUCCUCUGGUCCCUGUGUUGCCGUGGCUCAGUAUUGUAUGCAAUAUUGUACUCAUGCUCAAACUCAGGAAGGUCACUUGGCUUCGGUAUCUGGUCUGGCUGAUAGCUGGAUUGACCAUCUACGCGUCCUACGGCUACCGUCACAGCAAAGUUGGGAUGGCUCGGCAGCAAAAUCAAUCCUCGGGAGAGACUUAUACUGAUGAUGUUCCUGCCGACAAUAGCGCCACCUAUGGUAGUACUGAGCAGAAUGACGAGCGCUGACGG